UCUUUAAAAGAAUAUAGCUGCCUGUUAUCAGUUUUCAAGGCACCAGCACUCAGCUUACGCUUCGUCCUUCCCCCUUGAAUCGAACCACCGCGACAGUGCACCCAACAACUCCUCUUGACAAAAGUAUAUAAUACCGCAUCACCAAUUUCAAAAUCGCAACUGGAAACACCCUCCUAUCACAAUGCUUCUCAUAUCGCCAGCAUCGUUGUUCAUUUCCACAUUCUUUCUCUCCACAGCAUCAAUAGCAGCGCCAACUCGCGCGCACUGCCGCUGCACAAUCGUGUCCGACACAGCCCCAUUGUCGCAGCACACGCCUUCAUCUGCGCAUUGGACACCUUCGGAGCCAUUGCCAAGCCCAUCUGUCCCCGAUGUGUGCGGCAAUCUUGGUCUUGAACUCGAAAGCUUCAGGCAUUCACAACCCAGCCUGUUCGAUUCUUAUAUUUACCCAAAUGGUCACUCGAAACCAAGUCCUGCUAGCGAUGCACAGCAACCGAUAAGUACAACCGUCCUCCUGGAUCUCGCCGCACGGUACGGAUUCCAAAAUACCCACCUUGAGGACGAGCAAGAGCCACGACCCACCUCUCGGCCCCACGAACGGAUAGUCUGUCACUCGGAACCUGAGCCAUUUUCCGCGUACCAAGACUCAUUUGUCACACUCUGGGCACUACAUGUCAUCGUUGCGCUAGCGAUUUUCGCAUGCGCAGCUGAGGGUGUACACUUAGGAAUGCGCUGGAUGAAUCGCCGCAACGACGCAAACCAUAACCAUAUCUCCGAAAAGCCGAAGAGCAGACUGAGGUUAACGGGCGCCGAGAAACUGCUGUGCGCGUUUCCUCCGAGUGUGUAUCCCAAUUCGAUGUUCAGUCCUGGUGUUGAGAAGAAGACCCAAGCCUACCUCGAUUUCGUCGUUAAAGCGCCAUGCGAGAAGCGCGAAUUCAUUGCAUAUGACGACGAGGAGGACGAUGAGGCGAAUUGGCCCGUAAUGUAAUUCCAUUCGUAUUGCAUUCUCAUGAUCCUAUAUCUGUAUAUAUUGUACACGGCUUGGUGA